AUGCCUGAGAGCCUUACCGCCGAGGAAGGUUAUCUAGGACCUAGCUUGCGGGAUCCGUUCCUCUAUAACUCGACCUGUCUGGUGAGAUCAGACUACCGACCAUACUAUUCCUACGAUGCGAUUGUGAAAGGAUCCGCUACUGAGAUUGCUACUGAGAUUGCUGCUAAGAUUGCUGCUGAGAUUGCUACUGAGAUUGCUGCUGAGAUUACUGCUGAGAUUGCUGCUGAGAUUGCUGCUGAGAUUGCUGCUGAGAUUACUGCUAAGACUGCUAAGACUAAGACGACUAGAACGACUACUACGACCGCUACGACCGCUACUAUUACAACUACCGCUAUAAUUGAGAAAUUCUCUAAAUACGCGACUUUUAGCUAUAUAUAG